AUGUGUUUUAAAAUAUUAUUGGCGUGUUUAUUUCAAUUAACUGCAGUAUACUCCGCUCCGUUGCAUCCGCAAGUUUUGCAACCAUCGUAUCAGAAGACCUCAGUGCAACCUUCUCAUCAAAUGCUGCAGCAACAGCUUCUACAACAGCUGCAAAAUUUUCAACAAUUAAAUACUAAUAAUUUCGGUCAAUUGAGCUUCCCUCCGGUAUUAAUCCUCAUACCAAAAGACGAAGCGAACACGAAAACUAAGCACACGAAAAAUGAAGCUACGAAGUCUAAACAACAUUCAAACAAGGAAAGAGUCGACGAAGAUUUAGAUUCUGUAAUAAUCGAUGCUGAUUCCAAUGAAUCCGAAAUUGAACCGCAGAGAACUGCAAUUAUACUACCAAACUUUGCAAGAAUAUCAAUCGGAGGUAUUAUUUCAGCGAUUCCGUUCCUUCCGAUAGAAAUAAAUGUUCCAGAUACAAUUGGAUGGGCUUACAAUGGCAUUUCCAGUGGGAUUUCAAGUAUUAUUUCGAUUAUUGGGCAACGGCUGCCUUUUACUUCGAGUUCUAUGCAAGAUCAAGAGAACAAACUGAGAUCAGUUUUACAGCAGUUGCAAAUGAAGAAACAAAAUAGCUUCGUGCCUAUCAUCAUAAUGCCGAUCAGUCCACAGAUAAUACCAAUGCAGCUACCGAUUCAAGUAUAG